AUGACGUUCAAUCGUUCGAAUCUUAUGCGAUGGCUACUCCAACUCAAGUGGACAGCUGCAUUAGCAAUAAAAUGGCAAGAAUUCUACAAUAAUGCCUUACGUGUUGUUGCCUAUGGUCGAGCAACAUAUAUACAAAUAAUGGUGGUUGCUUCACCUAAACUUCAAGACUUGGAACCAGUCAAGUGUGCCGGCCACAUCGACUCUACAGAAGUGACAGCGGCUUGCAAAACAAAUGAGGCUAUUCGUCAAACAAUAUCCAUUCUUACUAUUACUAUUCUUCUAACAUUGAAAAUUGUCUUUGCAAAAAUUGAAUGA